UGCACUUGUGUGUGUGUGUAUUUUGCGGAGGAGGACUAACAAAAGAUCCAAGUGCGCGGGGUGCAUUCGCGAAAGCUGCUUUGUCGUCAGUAUUUUCAGCAGACUUUUGAGAACUUUCAACAAGAACAGUAGAAGUAACAACAACUACCAAUGUCAACCGUGUCAGAUCAGCGGAUGAAAGGACAAGGAACUCAUGGAAAUGGCGAAUAUAAUUCUUGGAGUGCGCAACUGAAUCACGGCCCAGGUGGUGCAGGAGGACAUCAGAAAAAAUCGGACGAUGGCUACUACCGAAAUCAUGGAGCUUACCAGAGUCAUGAUAGUGUCAGGAAUGUCGAAAAAGGUAUGCAAGGACUUGGGCUCGGUUCGUCGACGCGUAGCGGUAACAACGAUGGCAACUCCGGGGUAUCGAAAUAUUAUCAGCAACAGCAGCAGCAAAAGGAAGCUCCCAAAAAGAUGACCUGGGCCACGAUCGCUUCGCAGCCGGCAAAACCGCAAGUGAACACCACCAGUACGACGGUGAAGAAGAAGGGUCCGGGCAUGCCGCCGCCACCAAUGAUUCCUGGCAAGCACAACAUGGACAUCGGUACAUGGGACUCGCCAUCGAAGAACGGUCCGAGCGUGAUCGUUCCAACACCGCCGCCAAUUAUUCCACCGCCGGUCAUCGAACCGUCACCGCUAGCCGAUCCCUUACCGUCGUCCAAAUCGGGCGGUGGUCGUGACUCGGCGGGAGGCGGUGGUGGUGCUACCUCGCAGCACCACAGCAACAGCUCGCAUCAGGGUAUGGGACCAGCCGGCAUACAAAGCUCCAGAUGGCCAACGCCGGGCCAAGCUCAGAUUCAGCAGCAACAGCUGAAUGCUCCACCGGCCGUCGGUACCGACAGAAACAAUGGUCCCUCUUCGGGAAGUAACGCCGGUCCGGCGGGUGGAAGCGGUAGCAAUGCUGGAACCGGUGGUUCCAUGUCAUCCGGUUCUUCGCAUCAUCAUCAUAACCAGCAGCAACAACACCACCAGCCGCAGCAGCAGCAGCAGCAACAACACCACCAUCAGCAGCAAGGUCCCCUUGGUCGCAACCAUUCAUCGCAGUAUCAGCCACCGCAACAGCAACACCUUCAUCAUCAGGAUAGGCCCGGAUCGAAUUACGAUCGAGCACCACAUCAUCAGCAACAUCACGGUAACAAUUACAGUCAAUCUCGAAACCACAAUGCUGCCUACUCCUCCUCAGCCGGAUCGCCCGGUACUGGAUCGUCGUCCGCAAUGAUUGAUCGUCAAAACAGUGGAGGUUCCGGAGCGAAUAGUUUCCGCCAACAAAACGAUGGCCAUGGUGGACCACCACUCCAUUCACAACAUCCAUCGCAUCAUCAGCAACCGCAGGCGGAAAGACCAGCGUUCCAUCAGCAACGCUCUCUGAACCAUCAUAACGACCGUGGCACGGGAUACCAGUCUGCUGACCGAGGACAUUAUGGACCGAACACUGGUGGCACUGACACGACGGCAGUGCACAACAGUACCAGCUCGUCCGUACUAGCGGCAGUUGCUGCGGGUGGUGCAGCUGUUGUUAAGGCACGAUCGCCAUCGCCUUCGAUUUCGGAAAGCGAAAUGGCGCUCAAGCUGGCCGAGUCGCAGAAAAUACUUGACCAACUGAAAACCAAAAACAACUACAAUCCGGCAUCCUUGGAUCUGCUGAAAACGGCCGAAUUAGCAAGAUUCUUCGUCAUCAAAUCGUACUCGGAAGACGACAUUCAUCGUAGUAUUAAAUACGAAAUCUGGUGCUCGACUGAACAUGGUAACCAGCGGCUGGAUCAAGCAUUCCGCGAGCGCGAAGAGAAGGGCGGCACGGUUUAUCUGUUUUUCUCCGUGAACGGUUCGGGACACUUUUGUGGUGUGGCGCAAAUGAUGACCGCCGUCGAUUACAAUUCCAACUCGAGCGUCUGGUCGCAGGACAAGUGGAAGGGCACGUUUAAGGUGCGCUGGAUCUACGUGAAGGACGUACCGAACUCGAACCUGCGGCACAUACGGCUCGAGAACAACGAAAACAAAUCGAUGACAAACUCGCGCGACACACAGGAAGUUCCGAAUGCGAAGGGCAUUCAGGUGCUGCAGAUCAUUCACAGCUUCGAGCAUCAGUCGUCGAUAUUCGAUGAUUUCCAGCACUACGAAAAGCGCCAGAUGGAGGAGGACACGCGCAAGCACGAGGCACCACCCCCAUCGAACCAUUCGUACCACAACCAGCGCGAUCGGCGGGAGAAUCAGGCUGCCGGUGGCCAUUACUAUGACGGGCCGGGCAAGUAUCACGGCGGUAGUGGAGGCGGUGGUGGUUAUAACAACAAAUACAAUGACCGUGGUGGUGAUGACGGAUACGACGGAUACGGUAGUCGAGGCGGUGGUGGUGGUGGUGGUUAUCACGGAGGAUACAACAAAGGUGGUAGCGGUGGUUACGGUGGUUACAACAAUCGCAACAACAGCUACAACCAUCGUGACGACACGGUUGGCCGUGGAUAUCCGAGUUUCGACCGUCGCAACAACAAUGGCAACAGUGGCGGUAGCAACAAUAAUGGUGAAGAUCAUCAUGAUGCCGCCGCACCCGGAGGAGGUGGUGGUGGUGGAUACCAUUCGCGCGGUGGUGGCUACAACAACCGCUCCCGUGAUUAUUAUCGGGAUGAACGCCGCGGACCAAACGAUUAUGGACGUUCCCGGGGCAGCGACUACGAUAACGGACGGGACAGUGAUGGUGGCGGUAUCUACCGAAGUGGAGACCGUGGCGAUCGGGAUCGAGCUUCUUCACGGGAUCACUUCCGGGACCGCAACGAUCGCAUGAUGGGUCCCAGCAACAACCGUGGUGGAUCGGGCAGUAACGGCAGUGGUUCCAACAUCUAUAGAAAUCCAAAUUAAUUGUCUACGUUUUUGGGC